AUGUUCAGCAAUUAUAAUCAUCUCGUUCAAAAAGGAUAUGGAAAUUUUGAAGAUGAUGACGACGAUAUUGAAAGCUCACAAGAAAGCGAACAAUCAUCUCAAAGUUCUCAAUCUAGCGAAGAAAUGGACUCUUCCGGAGAGGAGGAGGAGGAGCAUGUAGAUCCUUGGUCACGCAUUCAAAAUGAAGUUUGUAAUCGCCACGAAGCCCAGCUCGAAGCUCUGAUCAACGAGUAUGAACAAAACGGAGACUCGCCUGAAGUGGCCCGCAUUAAAGCUGAAAAUGCUUUGCUUCCAGUAUAUAGAAAGGAAUUGAGAAAAGUGUUCUUAGAGUUUUUACAGUGGAUGCAUGCAAUGAAGAAAGAUCCGACAUUCCGAAAAGUGAUGGAAACCCGCCAAGAUCUCAAAGACACGGAAGGAUAUGACUGGCUGGAAUCGACAGAACUUGCCAUCGAUAAGCGGAAAUUCUUACUCAAUCGAUUGUUUGUCAAACAAACUGUUCCCGAAGACUAA